AUGUAUAAACCAGGAAAAAGUAGGAGAGCCUUGACGAGCGUCGUUAGGGGAAGAUGGAAUACGAGAACAAGCUCGUUCUUGCUCCUAUGGUGCGAGUUGGCACACUGCCGUUCCGGUUGCUAGCUGCUGAUUACGGCGCAGACAUCACAUACGGAGAGGAGAUUAUCGACCACAAACUUCUCAAAUGUGAACGCCAGAUAAACGAAUGCAUCAAUACCACUGACUUUGUGGAGAAAGGGACAGGGAAUGUCAUUUUCAGAACCUGCCAUCUUGAAAGAAAUCAAGUAGUAUUUCAAAUGGGCACUUCUGAUGCUGUGAGGGCUCUAACUGCUGCUCAGAUGGUGUGUAAAGAUGUUGCAGCAUUGGAUAUCAAUAUGGGUUGCCCCAAGUCAUUUUCUGUAAGUGGAGGCAUGGGAGCUGCAUUGUUGAGUAAGCCAGAGCUCAUCCAUGAUAUUUUGACGACAUUGAAGAGGAACUUGGACUUGCCAGUGACGUGUAAAAUUCGUCUAUUAAAAUUGUCUCAGGAUACAGUGGAACUGGCUAGGCGAAUAGAAAAGACAGGUGUUUCUGCUAUUGCAGUCCAUGGAAGAAAAGUCGCAGAUAGACCGAGGGAUCCUGCUAAAUGGAGUGAGAUUGCUGACAUCGUAGCUGCAUUAUCUAUUCCAGUUAUUGCGAAUGGUGAUGUCUUUGAGUUUGAAGAUUUUCAACGAAUUAAAUUUGCAACAGGUGCCUCGUCAAUUAUGGUUGCAAGGGGGGCCCUUUGGAAUGCUUCGAUUUUCUCUUCUGGGAACAAAGUACACUGGGAAGAUGUAAAAAGAGAGUAUGUGAGGAAGAGCAUCUUAUGGGAUAAUGAUAUCAAAAGUACAAAGCACACGCUGAAGGAAAUGAUAAUGCAUUAUUCUUCCCUUGGACUCCCAGAGGGCAAGGCUGUUAUUAAAUCGGAAACUUUAACAGAUAUAGCGCGGCUUUAUGGGGAGGAAAGGUACUAUCAGCUGGUCAAUGGAAGGAGAUGAUUGCUUACGUAUUUGAUCAUAAAAGUUGACAUUGGCUAGAUUGAGUUCAACUAAAUUAUGUGUUGAAAUUUUGUUUGUUUCUAGCCAUUAAAAUGUUGUAGAGUAAGACUAGUUUUUUUUUUUUUUUAAUUAAACAUGGGAAUCUGUAAUCAUUACCCAUGGAUCUGCGCAAUAGGAUCUUUAACCACAUGUCGUUCAAGUGCACUGGUUUGCAAUAGGGAUUGAGCCCACAACCUUGAGAAGACGAUAAUGUAAUAUUGCCUUUUUCCAUGUUUAAAAUUGCUUUAUUCGGAUUAUUAUUAUUUUUCUGAGGAUGA